AUGGCUCCCCAGAAAGGAACGGCUACUGUCAAGACGAGCGUCCCAACCAAGGACCAAAUCCUCGUCCCGGAGACGCUGCUCAAGAAGCGCAAGAGCCAGGAGAAGGAGCGUGCCGACAAGGCAGAGCAGCGCGAGGCCAAGAAGAAGGAGAACAAGCAGAAGCGUGAGCAAAUCUUCAAGCGCGCCGAGUCAUACGUCAAGGAGUACCGCGAUGCCGAGCGCGAGAAGAUCCGCCUGAACCGUGUCGCAAAGAGCGAGGGCAGCUACUAUGUCCCCGCUGAGCCGAAACUUGUCUUCGUUGUCCGCAUCAAGGGUAUCAACAAGAUCGACCCGAAGAAGCGCAAGACCCUCCAGCUGCUCCGCCUCCUUCAGAUCAACAAUGGCGUCUUCAUCCGCCUUACCAAGGCUACAAGCGAGAUGCUGAAGAUCAUCGAGCCCUUCGUCGCAUACGGCUACCCAAACCUCAAGUCCGUCCGUGAGCUCAUCUACAAGCGUGGAUACGCCAAGACCACACAAAAGCAGCGUAUCCCGCUGACGGACAACGCCAUCAUCGAGGAGCACCUCGGCAAGUACGGCAUUGUCUGCAUGGAGGACCUCAUUCACGAGAUCUUCACUGUCGGCCCGAAUUUUAAGCAAGCCUCCAACUUCUUGUGGCCCUUCAAGCUCAGCAACCCAACCGGUGGUUUCAGGCCGAGGAAGUUCUUGCACUUCGUGGAAGGUGGCGAUCUCGGUAACAGAGAGGAGUACAUCAAUGCGCUCAUCAGGCAGAUGAACUAAAUGUUUGCUUUGUACUGAGACGGCGAGUCUGCGUGCGGAGGGACGGUGGAGUCGGGGCGUGGCAUUGCUGUUGUAGUUGCUUAGACAGCAUUGCUGAAGCGCCAAACAUAAUAUGGACGCCUUUACAAUUCAAGUCACUUCUCAUUCAUCCCGUACUCCAAGUAUGAAGCUCUAAGCUGUUUCCGAAGAUCAUUACUGGAACAGCGUUCGAACCGAGUGGGUCGAUCUGAUAGCAGAUAAGUCCGAUCUCGGAAAGCACGCAUCCUCCGAUAGCGUC